AUGGCGGAGGAGAAUUCGCAUUCAGAUGUAUUGUCAGAAGAAAAUGGAGCUAAAGAGGUUCCAAGUCAUGUAGAAGGAAUUGCUGAGCUUUCUUUGUCACCGCAGAAAGAAGAAGAUGACGGUAAAGAAGUUACAAAGAAGAAAAAGAAGAAAUCUAAAAGCAAGAAAAAGAAAGGACCCAUUGAGCAAACAGAUCCACCAUCAAUUCCUCUUCUUGAUCUUUACCCUUCUGGAGAUUUCCCUGAAGGUGAAAUUCAGCAGUACAAAGACGAUAACUUGUGGAGAACAACAUCAGAGGAGAAGAGAGAGCUGGAGCGCCUUCAGAAACCAAUAUAUAAUUCAGUCCGUCGAGCAGCUGAAGUUCAUCGUCAGGUUCGGAAGUAUAUGAAAAGCAUUAUAAAGCCUGGAAUGUUGAUGAUCGACUUGUGUGAAACAUUAGAGAACACCGUUCGUAAGCUAAUAUCUGAGGAUGGCCUGCAAGCAGGCAUUGCUUUCCCCACAGGAUGCUCUUUGAAUUGGGUUGCUGCUCACUGGACUCCCAAUUCGGGAGAUAAGACUGUUCUUCAGUAUGAUGAUGUGAUGAAGUUGGAUUUUGGCACCCAUGUAGAUGGACAUAUUGUUGAUUGUGCUUUUACUGUGGCGUUCAACCCGAUGUUUGAUCCACUGCUUGAAGCCUCUAGGGAAGCAACCUAUACGGGUAUUAAGGAAGCUGGAAUUGAUGUGCGCCUUUGUGAUAUUGGUGCUGCAAUUCAAGAGGUCAUGGAGUCAUAUGAGGUUGAGAUUAAUGGGAAGAUGUAUCAAGUUAAGAGUAUACGGAAUUUGAAUGGACAUAGCAUUGGCAGCUAUCAAAUUCAUGCUGGUAAAUCCGUUCCCAUUGUGAAAGGUGGAGAGCAGACAAAGAUGGAAGAGGGAGAAUUUUAUGCUAUUGAAACCUUUGGGUCAACUGGGAAAGGAUAUGUACGAGAAGACCUGGAAUGCAGCCACUAUAUGAAAAACUUUGAUGUUGGUCAUAUGCCGCUGAGAUUGCCUAGAGCUAAGCAACUUUUAGCAACUAUCAACAAGAACUUCUCCACUUUGGCCUUCUGUAGACGAUAUUUAGAUCGCCUAGGAGAGACUAAAUACUUAAUGGCAUUGAAGAACUUGUGUGACGCUGGCAUUGUUCAGCCUUAUCCUCCUCUAUGUGACGUGAAAGGAAGCUAUGUAUCACAGUUUGAACAUACAAUCCUACUCCGACCAACAUGCAAAGAAGUUAUAUCAAAGGGUGACGAUUAUUAA